GAAAAACGCUUCGGAGCGUGUUCGUUGCCUUAACAGCGAUAUAAAUAGCCAACGCCGUGGCGGUGCCAUCAGAUUCUGGUCCCAACUCGACAUCGAACGGCGUACGGUAAAGCUAACGUAGCUAAGUGCAAAAUGAACAAGAUUAUUCGUGUUGGGCUGGUGUUGGGGCUGAUCGCUUACGUGACGGUGGCAGAGCAAGAUGCUGUCGUGCUGCGCCAGGACUCGGAAGUCAACCCUGAAGGGUCGUAUCAGUACGCAUACGAAACGUCCAACGGUAUCACAGCCCAGGAACAGGGAACAUUGAAAAACGUCGGCGAAGACGUAGCCAAGGUGGCGCAAGGACAGUACUCGUACACGGAUCCGGAUGGCAAUCUCGUCAGCUUGCAGUACGUCGCGGAUGAGAAUGGCUUCCAGCCUACGGGAGACCACCUGCCGACGCCGCCUCCAAUUCCGGAAGCAAUCGAACGAGCGCUCCGACUGCUGGCCAACCUUAGCCGGAACAAGUAAUCUCAACCCUGUGAAGAGCGAUCCUCGCCGUAGCAGUAAGUUAGUGAUACAGGUCCCGGGCACUUGGCAGCAACUAGUCAUGUUUCCGUAAAGCGUAAAGUGAAAAGGAAA